CCCAGCGCGCAGAGCGGAGCGCGCCGAAGCCUGAGCUGGUGAGGGGGCCGAGGCUGUGGGGAGGUGGCGGUUGGACUUCGGAAUCUCAAGGACUCCGACUCCUGGCUUGUUCAGAGAAGGGCAGCCUGGGAGCCCCGACUCCUGGACCCCUGGGCCCCGCCUCCUGGGGGGUCUCCGCGCCCCGGAGCAGACGCGAGCGGCGCUCAGCCCUCCUAGGCCCCGCCCCCGGAGCGCCUGGUCCUGCCCACCUCGCAGGAGCCCGAGCGGCCAUGGGGACGCGGAGCAGCCCCGCCGAAGGGACCCCGCCGCCGCCGGUCACGGAAUGCGACGUGGAGGUCCAGCCCCAGGGCUAUCCCGAGGAGUCCCGGAAACAGGAGGCUCCCAAGGUACUGGCGGAACCUUCGAGCCGCGGAGGAGCUGAGAAGCAGGCGGAGGAAGAAGAAGAAGUGGGAGAAGGCAGCAGCACUGAAAGCAGCCGCGACGCGCCCGAGGCUACGCCUCCGACAGCGACUGCGUCCACACCCGCCUCAUCCACCUCUUCGGGGGAAGGGGUGCGAGGGGCGGCGCGGCGCCUGCGAGGACAGCAACUGGAGGCAUUGACUCGCGUGGCCCUGAUGGAGCAGCGAGUGAAGGAGCUACAGCGCCAGAGGAAGGAGCUGAGGAUCGAGAUGGAGGUGGAAGUGGCCUUGCUGCGGGGUGAGCUGGCUGGGGAGCGAGUGGCCGCUCGCCGGGAGGAGGAGCAGCUGCGGGAGCUGCUGGGGCAGCAGGCGGCCUCGGAGCAGCGCGGCCGCCAGCAGCGGGAACAGGAACAGAGGCGGCUGAGCCAGGAACGGGAUCGCCUAGAGGGUCUUCGCCAGAGACUCCGGGAGGCCCAGGAACAGCUCGACUCCCAGCCAGAGGACCAGCGCGAGCGGCUUCUGCAGCGUGUGCAGGAGAUGAGGGAACAACUGGAUGUGGCCCAACGCGCCUAUGAGGACCUGGAGUUCCAGCAACUGGAGCGGGAGAGCCGGCAGGAGGAGGAGGAUCGGGACAGCCCUGGGUCCCAGGCACCAGACCCCAAGGUCCAGGAACUUCAGGCCAGCACAGCGCAGCACAGACGCCGGAUCCGGGUCCUGGAAGAGCAGCUCAAGUCACUGGGGGAGCAGAUGGCAGCCGAGAGCCGGGGGCUGAGCCGGAAGAAGGAGGAGGCCCUUCAGGCCCUGUCACAGGAACGGAGCCGGCUGCUCGAGCUCAAUUGCCUUCAGGGAACACCUGGCGGGGACUUCUCUGAGCCCAACCCAGCUCUCACUAAGCUGCUGUUCACCCAGAAGACAGACCACCAGCUACUGGUGCUCCAGGACCCCGCGGCCCACUCCUCUGCCACCCCUACUUCUUCUUGCCUCUUCUCUGUCCACAGCUCCCUGCAGGGCUCCAUUGGCCUCCAGAGGACCGGGAGCCUGCCCCGGAAAAGGGGAGAGAGGGCGAGCCAGAGAGGAUCCCCCCGACCUCUGUCCUUCCAUUGUACUGAAUCCCUGGAGGCCUCAGCUCUCCCGCCAGCAGUGGGGGACUCCGGCAGAUACCCCCUCUACCAGCUGCUGAACUGUGGCCGUGGGAAUAGCUGUGGGGCCGUCCACCCGGACAUUGCCCACAUGGAGCGGCUCCUGCAGCAGGCCAUGGCGGAGAGGGAGCGGCUGCUCAAGGCCCGGGCCCCGCCCACCCCACCCCACCCUCCAGGCCCGCGAAUCUUGGAUCUCCGGCAGCAUCUGGAGGGAUGGGGCCACAACCCAGAAAACUGCCCACACGUGCAGGUGUCUGGGGGCUGCUGCCGCGGACCCCUGGUGAAGAUGGGCGGCCGCAUCAAGACCUGGAGGAAGCGAUGGUUCUGCUUUGACCGCCAAGCCCGCCGCUUGGCCUACUACGCGGACAAGGAAGAGACCAAGCUCAAAGGUGUCAUCUACUUCCAGGCCAUUGAGGAAGUCUAUUACGACCACUUACGCUGUGCCUUCAAGAGCCCCAGCCCCCGCCUGACCUUCUGCGUGAAAACCUACGAACGCCUUUUCUACAUGGUGGCUCCGAGUCCCGAAGCCAUGCGCAUUUGGAUGGACGUCAUUGUGACAGCAGCCGACGAAAACCACGCCCCCUGAGUGGCCCCGCCCACUUGGGGGGAAGUCCCUUCGAGGCUCCGCAGGCGCGAGGGCGUUCCUAGGCCCCGCCCACUGCCGGCAAACUUGGGCGCACGCCUUUGGAACUCUCCUGGGAAUUCCGCAGGCCCCACAGCUCGGCUGGCCUGAGCUGCUGCGUUCUGGGUUGCAGGUGCCUUGCCCCCGACGGGAUCGCCAACCCCUGAGGCCCUGCCCGGGGCAGGAGGAAGAUUGCAGGGGCGGGAAGAAACUAUUUAUUGGUGCUCCUGUGAUACCGAAUUAAAUACGGAGGAAAAACAGGAAUUGCUGCUGUGGGUUCCAGCCUAGGCGUCCGGGGCCCCUUGGCCUUUAGGCAGAACAUCUGAGUUAUCGGUACCUCUGGGAGCCACGCGUCCCACAGCCGGCCCUCUUUAGGAAUGGAGGCCUUCAACUCUAAGGUCAUGGCUGGGAGAAGAGGGUGAGAGGCUUGCGUCCUUAGUGUUUGGCAGUUUUGCUUUUUUAGUUUGUAGGCCCUUCUGUUUCCACCCUUUCUGGCCUGACUAGCUGCUAGAAAUUUCUAGGAACUCCUAGGCUUCCCCCUGUUAGGCCUUUGCCUACGUUGUUCCCUCUGCCCUUUUCUUACCUUUUUUUCUUUUUUUAAUUUUAUCUAUUUUUAUAGAGAUGGGGUCUCAGGGUGUUGCCCAGGCUGGUCUCCAACUCCUGGACUCAAGCGAUCCCCCCAUCUUAGCCUGCCAAGGUGCUGAGAUUACAGGUGUGAGCUACUAUGCCUGGCCCCCCUCCUUCCCUUAAUCAGUUGCACCUCAUUCUUCCAGCCUUAGUUCAGUUGGUACCUCCUUCAGGAAGCCCUCACUGACUUUCCUGGCUGGGUCAGGCACCCCCUUUUGAGCUCUAUCAUCCCAUCCCUGAGGACCCUGGGUCAUCAUGGGCGAUGGAUCUGUGUUCUUUAUGCACUGGGAGCUGCAUGAGGCAGAGCCAGCAUUGUCCUGGCCACUGCUGUUGCCAGCCCCAUAGAGCAUGUCUCAUUCCAUGAAAGUGGAAAAAAGCCAAAAAACAAAACUCUUUUCCCUUUCA